AUGGACAAGCAACCCAAAGAACCGGUGAAGACAUCAAUCGCAGACACUAUAGACAAUGAAGCCGGAUCCCUCUCUGAACUGAACUGCGUUUUUUCGACCCAGCAACAUGGCGAAAAAAUUGUCGUUACAACUAUCAUGUCACCUAAUGGCAAGGAAACAGAAAUCACAGCCGAUUUUGAUGAUGCGAUGAAACUAGGCGUCCAAGCUAUGGAUAUCGAACCAACACCCGAGGAAUCCAGGAGGUUGGUUCGCAAAAUUGAUCUUUGUAUGUUUCCUUUGAUGUCACUCGUUUACGCCAUUCAAUUCAUGGAUAAGACAACAAUUGGAACCGCAGCAAUCAUGGGACUUAUUACAGAUCUCAAAAUGACCGGGGACGACUAUUCAUGGGCAGGCUCUGCUUUUUACUUCGGUUACCUUGGAGGGCUCUUCGUGCUUCCACCUUUGCUGCAAAAGACUCAAUACUUCAUGAAGUUUUUGUGUUCUAUCAUUAUGUUGUGGGGCUUAAUUCUAGCUUUACAUUCUGCACCCAGCGUUAAUUAUGCUUCCUUUAUUGUUCUUCGUUGUCUGCUAGGCUUUUUCGAAAGCUCAGUUACGCCUGCCUUUACUAUCAUCACUUCACAGUAUUGGAAGAAGGAAGAGCAGUUUCUCAGAAUCUGUAUAUGGUUUGGCUUCAAUGGUUUAGGUGCAAUGUGGGGCAGUUCGAUGGCGUAUGGCCUAUAUAUCCGCGCCGGUACUUACUCUAUCUCUGCAUGGAAAAUUGUUUUUCUUUCCACCGGAUGCAUUACAAUUUUUGCCGGAGUCUUGAUGAUGCUUCACUUACCAGAUUCUCCGCUAAAGGCGUGGUUUCUAACCAAGCACGAGAAACUUGUUUUGACUCAAAGAAUUCGGGGCAAUCAACAGGGUUUUGGUAAUCACCAUAUCAAGAAACAUCAAAUUCGGGAAGCUUUAAUAGAUCCCAGAACAUGGCUCUAUUUUCUUUACUGCAUAGCGGCUAAUAUUCCCAACGGGGCUUUGACAAACUUCCAAUCUAUACUUUUCAAGAGUGAUUUUGGGUAUACAACGAAAAAGACUUUGUUGGUUUCAACUGGAAUAGCAGCUGUUGAAUGGGGUGGCUUGCCUUUACUUGGUUUUGCGUCUUAUUAUUGCUCUAAGAAACAAGUGAAGUACUUGGAAAGUCGAUUGAUUUGGUCGAUAAUUUCGCUGCUUAUCACGUUCAUGGGAAUGUGUAUGUUGGCGUUUGCAAAUGACAGCAAAAAUGCAAGGCUUGCUGGACUUGCACUCAACUACAUAUCACCGUUAGCUUUUAUUUGUGUUCUUGCCAAUAUCUCAGCUAACACCCUUGGUUAUACAAAAAAAUGGACUGUUUCUUCGACAACUUUGAUCGGUUAUGCAGCAGCCAAUCUUGCUGGUCCUCACACCUUCAUCAGCUCCCAAGCUCCUCAUUACACAGGGGCUAAAGUAGCGCUUGUUGUUUGUUAUGGCGCGUGCAUCGUCAUCAUCGCUGCUCUAUAUGUCUUGAACGCAAAUGAAAACAAGCGGAGAGACAAGCUGGCUUUGGAAAAUCCUCCUCAGUCUGAUAUGAAAAACAUUGAGUUUGCAGAUCUUACUGAUUUUGAGAAUCCUUACUUUCGUUACACUUUAUGA